AUGUCAUCUAGUACCUGGUCCAGAGACACGAAGAUCUGUCUUCCUCACCCGUACCUCACGAGAUUCCGGCUUCUUCCAUCACGCAAUGCUCAUGACAACGAGGAGUUUCAGCUGAGCAAGGAAGAGGACUUCGCUGCCGAUACUUCUCUUCCAGUUGAGCUUCAUGAUGACAGCAUUACCUUCACUGAACCCAAAUCGAAUCCUGUAUCCCGCGCUAGCACCAGUCCCCGACGAAGUUCUCAGCAUUAUCCAACAAGCGUCUGUACAUGGCAGAACACGGAGAAUAUCACUAUCAACCAUAUCUGGCUAAUAAUCUACACGAUUUUCACAACAAAGUCUGAUCUGGAAGUGUUCCAAUUGAAUUUAAGGGGCUCUGGAAAUGAUUCCAUAACUGAGAACCUACGUCAAACCAUGAUGGUGAUAAUUUCAAAUGGACAUUCUGUGGUUUUCCGAAAUGCUUUCUGGCAAGGGUGCGCUUCGCCACUGAUCAACCACUCAAUUUGGACUCCCUUAGGCAAGAGACCAUUGCCACACCUUAACUACGUUACCACAUCUACGCCCAUGACACGUCGCACCCAUCCUCUUCGCUCUCCCAAGCCAACUCCAGGGACCGUUGUAUACAGUCGAUACAUCCCAACCCUGGACAAAACAUUUUCCCUACUCGUUCUUGAUCACCAAGAGCCUACCCAUGUGGAAUUCUAUCAUCAAACAAAGAAAUCCCCUACUACACAUGCUGAGCUCUACGGUGACUCUCUUGAGGAAGAUUACGAGUAUCUUCGUCGGCAGAGCGAAGACCUACACAAAAUUGGGUUACUGGGACAAUUUGAUGGGACAUUAUUUGGAUAUUUUGAGGUUUUCUGGGCUAAAGAGGACUCCUUAGGGGUAGUCACCGAUGCUGGCGAUUUUGACCGUGGACUGAGUGGUUCAGUUGGAUAUUCUGCCUUCAAGAGUCGGCGCUGGUUACAAGUAUGCUGGUCCAGCUUACUUCAUUACAUUUUUCUCGAUGAUUCACGGACGGAGAAUAUCAUUGGAGAUACAAGUGUGGUACAUGAAGUUCUAGGUGAUAUUUCAUUUGAAAUCUUGCAAGAUGAGGUGGUAGAACUACAAGACCGACAGACUACUAUAACUAGAUGUUCCCGGGAGCUAUUCUUUGGGCUGUCUCCCUUUGAUGGACAGAUAGAUGGUACACUUUUAAAAGUGACUUCUCAUUUAUAG